AUGCCAUUCUGGAGGUACUUCAUCAAUACCAAGCCAGAGGUGGAUGAUAGUGAUUUGCCCUUGUCGAAGCACCGCAUCUACGAUGACGACGGAAACCUGAAGCAGGCCCAGACGACGACGCCACCGCGCUCGCGGGUGAGUGUGACCAUCGCCAAGGCCAAGGCCUCCGCGAAGAAGUCGACGCCUAUGUCCCCCAAGACUCGCGCGCAGGUCCUGCGGAGCGUCGGUGCGUCACCGACCGCCUCGCGUGUGCCGCGCAAGGCAGCCGCUGCUCGUGCAGCUGCUGUGGCUCCAGUGAAUCCCCCCACGCUGCGGUCCUCUCGGUCGUCCUCACGGAACUCUGGCAACUCUUCGCCGCGGCAAGAGUCCACCACGCGUGCUGCCACACCGCAGCGGGACACCGCGCCGGAACUGCUGACGCCAAAGAGGACACCCUCGCCGAAGAAGUCCACACCAAAGCGGUCGGCAUCACCGAAGAAGUCCACACCAAAGCGGACGGCAUCACCGAAGAAGUCCACACCAAAGCGGUCGGCAUCACCGAAGAAGUCCACACCAAAGCGGUCGGCAUCACCGAAGAAGUCCACACCAAAGCGGACGGCAUCACCGAAGAGGUCCACACCAAAGCGGGCGGCAUCACCGAAGAAGUCCACACCAAAGCGGGCGGCAUCACCGAAGAAGUCCACACCAAAGCGCGCAGCGGCGAGUCGGUCGGUGACACCACGCAAGUCGAGUCCGGCACCGAACGGCGUGUCGCCGGCGCGGUCGCCACGGCCGAUGAGCCCGUCAAAGUCAUCGCCAAAGAAGUCGUCUGUGUCACCGCAGAAGUCUGAAUCGAAUGCACGCGCUACAUUAAAACGCGCACGCUCCCCUUCUGCACAGCCGUCGGGCGACCCAUCACCGCGGUGGACCGUCAACGCUCUCAAGGCGUACGCCAAGGAGAAGAACAUUGAUGUGUCGCAGGAAAAGACGAAGUCGGAUAUCCUGGCGAAGAUCGAACGUCACGUGGCACACUAG